CAACCCCGUAUACUCUUCCCCAGCAAACUCAGUGGUCUCGAAGCCGAGUAACUCUGACUGGUCCAGUGUUAGCUCUUCAACACAACGCGAAAGUAUAUCUGCCACGACGUUCUCGCUUCCUUUCCUGUGUUCGAUGUUGAAGUGAUAUCCCUGGAGUUGCAAUGACCACCGAGCCAGCCGACCCGAAAGGUCUUUUAUGGACAUAAGCCACUUCAAGCUGGCAUGAUCCGUGAUGCACGUAAACGGCAUUCCUGCCACAUACGGCCGGAACUUUCCAAUGGCCAGCAGGGCUGCGAGGCACUCUUUUUGGGUAACGGUGUAGUGCACUUGGUGACAAUUCAUCUUGGCCGAGAAGAACUCUAUGGGUUGCUCCUGGCCGUCUUCAUCCCGCUGGAACAACACUGCACCGACUCCGAUCUGGGAUGCAUCGCACUGGAUGAAAAAGUGCCGCUUGACCAAAACUGUGCCAGCUGUGCUUCUGGACUCAAGAAAACUUCUUAUUUCCCGUCUUCUUCAAGGAUUCCUUGAGCGGAGCUUCCAACGUCGCGACGUUCUUUAUAAACCGACGGUACCAAACAGCGGUUCCAAGAAAGGCUCUCACUUCCUUCAUGGUCCUUGGCUCAGGCAUCCGCCUAAUAGCUGCUACACGCCCUGGAUCCAUCCGCAAACGUCCUCCACCCACUAUGAAGCCGAGGCAUUCAGCGACUCGGCGAAGAUACUUCAUGGGCGUUCUCAUGUCUGGCGCUAGUAUUAGCAGGUCAUCCAAGUAGACAACUACAUUCGAGCGGAUCUUAGCUGGAAUUACUCGGUCCAUGAGUCUCACCAGCCUCUGUGAUGCGUUACAGUGUCCGAAAGGCCUCACGUGGUAAAGAGGCCGACCAGGAAUCGUAAAGCCUUUGUAUUCUUUGCUGCUCGUGUUCAACUCAA